UUGGCCACCGGCGAUCACAUGACGCAGCACCUGAGACGCGGCGCAGCGGCGCUCUCACUGAGCACAAUACAGCAGCUUUAUGGAGGAAAUAUGGGCGUACUGAGCGUUGGGUGAAGAGGAGCGAAGACGAGGAAACAAACAAAAAGAGAGAGAGAGCCAACGCUAUAGAAAGAAAGGACACCCGCGCUUCGGGGAGCGGAUUUUGUACGUACGGGCUCUGGCGUCCGUCUCUUCCUUUCCCCUCUCCCGCCUUAGUCCCUUUAGCUUUUAUUUCCGUGCCGCCUGGCUGCUCCAUGGAAUAACGCUCGCUUACUCCCUCCCUCCCUGCCAGCGGCGGCUGUGAACUCCGCAGCGAAAACGCAAGCCUCCCUCUCGGUCUUUUCUUCUCCCCACUUCCCCUCCCCUUCGGCUUGCUAUGGUGGAUUCAAAUGCAAUGAGGAAGACUUUCCUGGUUCCGGAGAUUAAGCCUUUGGAUCAGUACGAUUUCAACCGGGCAAAAAUCUGCGCCAGCCUGACGUGGGUCUUUUCCAGAUGUUACGGCUCGGCAGAAAACAUCCCAGAAGAACUGCGAGAGCCCUUCUACAUUGACCAGUAUGAGCAGGAACACAUCAAGCCGCCUGUCAUUCGCCUUCUGCAGUCCUCGGACCUGUACUGCCAGGUGUGCAGGCUGGCACUUCUGGGGGACCGGGAGGAGCAGGACUCAUUGGAUACAAUGCCCAGGGACAAUGCUGCCAUCUUGCAGCUUCUCACCCAAAAGGGGCUACAACCCAUGGACCAGGAGCACGCCGUCACAGAGGCUGACCUCCGGCACAAGCCCAUCAAGAUGAGUGCCCACUUGGCUUUGAUUGACAUGUUAAUGGUGGCUUUUGCCACAAAGGCAAUGAGCCUGAUGAAAAUGCCAAGCAACGUGGAACCACUGAGCAGCAUGGGUCUUGCAGCCUGGGAGUGUGCUGUUGUCUUCUGGGUGAACAAGCUAAUUCAAAAGUUGCGACUCAGCUCAGAAAGAGAACAUCAGCAACGACAGCAACCGGGAGCAGACAUACAAGCACAGCAGUCGUGUCCUACCCGCUGGUAUUGGAAACUUGUUCCUCAUGCCAUCGCUUUUUGUUUGAAGGAGUCUGGGAAUAAGCCUCCUGUGAUCCGCUACAGGAAGGACAAAGUGAUGCCGAAGCAGACACCAAUCUUCCCACUUGUCUCCAGUUCAAAGGACCUCUCUAAUGGCUGUGCCAUUGCAGCGAUAAUUCACUUCUACUGUCCCAACAGUCUGCGGCUAGAGGAUGUAUGCCUGAAGGAGACCAUGUCUGUUGCGGACAGCCUGUAUAACCUUCAGGUUGUUCAGGAAUUUUGCCAAGAUUGCCUGGGGGGUUGCUGCCCCCUUGCUUUGGAGGACUUACUCUACGCACCUCCAGCUCUCAAAGUGAACAUCAUGACGUUUAUGGCAGAACUGUUCUGGUGGUUUGAAGUCCGGAAGCCAGAAGUGGUUUGCCCAAGAGAGCCGCUGGAUUUGCAAGAUAUGUCUGACAUAGCCGAGUGUGUCUCCCCCACAAGCUGCAACAAUAACAGUGGCUCUCCGUCCUUCAUUUUUAAGCAGCCAUUCCUACCAAUUCCUACUCCUCAGUCUCCAGGGCGGUCAGUGCCAGGGGCUCUGACUCAAUCUACCUCAUUGCCGCAUGUUGAGGGAGUAGGAAAGGCGACAUGGACAAAGAAGCAGUUAAGCAGGCCAUUGUCUCAGGCUGUCUCCUUCAGUAUUCCAUUUGGCUUGGACAGUGACGUGGACAUUGUGAUGGGGAACCCUGUUGCCAUGACACGUUCUAUCAGCUCUGACAGCUUGAAUCCUAAUGUCUUCCAGUUACCAGAGACUGUUACUCGGGCCACUUACACCCCGCCAGAAGAUGUCAGUGCAUUUCUGGAGAAAGGGAAUGGCGACGGUGCAGUGGCCAGUCAGACAAGUCAGAGCAGACCACCCUCAAGUCAAAGGGCAUCAUGGGGCACUCAGACAGCCCCCAGCAGGAUCAGAGCAGAGAAGGACCUUCCUGUGGAGAAUGGAUUGACAGACGAUCAUAACAAGUACACCGAUCUUCCCACCAUAGAAGAGGCACUGCAGAUAAUUCAUAAUGAGGGUAAAUUAGAACCCCGGCUCCUCCCUGAGGGAGCUGCAGAUGGAUUCUAUCUGCAUUCCCCUGAUGUGAUGGAAGAAUCUGGAAGUGGUCGUCACGGUGACAACUCCCCUCGAUUAAGCUCUUCUGCCCCUACAAAACCUGGAAUGAUGUACAGAGUUCAUGAUGAUAUGGCAUCCUCCACUGAAAAAGAAAAACGUCCACGAAGAACAUCAGAAGGUUCUCGAAUAUCCAGGGAUGAUGAUUCAGUUUUGAGGGACAAUAGUUUAGAUUCAGAUCUUUCUGAGGAAUUUUCAAAACACCACCAGGCAGGCAGAGAUUGCCUUGAUGCCAAAGAUGAUAGCACGUCUGGUUCAAGUUCUCUCAGUUCGCAGCCAGAGAGCAACCCGGCUUCUUCUACGAGCCCUAGCAUCAAGAUGACUAGCUUUGCCGAACGCAAAAAGAAAUCAACCGAACCUCAGAAGGAUACCACAGAGCCCAAGAUGAUAACGUGGGCUCAAAAAUCAGAAGAAAGCCCUAGCAAAAGCCCAGCUCUUAACACGGAAAUGUCAGAGCUGGGGGCAAGGUUGGAGGAGAAGAGAAGAGCCAUUGAGGCACAGAAGAAAAGAAUAGAGGCCAUCUUUGCCAAACAUCGGCAGAGGUUGGGCAAAUCGGCAUUUCUCCAAUUGAAGAAACGAGAGGAAGGUAACCAGCCAGAGGGAGAAGCAGACACCUCUUCCACUGAGGAGGUGCCAAAGUUAUCCUUGGAGGAGAGGCUUUCUCGGAUUGGGGAUGAGGAAGAGAGAGAGACCCCUAGCCCCCUUGACUCCACAACUUCAAAACUGGUGGACGGUGAGCUACCAAACAAAACCCGUUCAGAGAAGCAAGUUACAUUCUCUCCUGAAAUUGGAAAGGAGAAAAUCGACGAUGCCAGUCUUGGCGAGUACAACAAGGCCGUCACAAAACUCAAUGCAGCCUUGAACUCCUUGCAGGGUGACAUGCAGAGACUGGCAGAACAGCAGAAACAACUGAUGCGCAAAAAAACGAACCAAGCUUGGGUCAUCCCUGCCAGUCCAAAGCCAACAGCUGCUGCUCCCCCUUUACCUUCCCAAAGAAUAUCUCGUGAUUUCCAGUCCUCGCGUUCUGUGGACUUAUCUUCCUCGUCUCCUUCCCCGUCACCUUCUCGAAAACCUGCCAACACAUCCAAUAGUUCUUUGUCUGUCCCCAAAUCCCCACAGCCGGCUCACAAAAGGCCUCAGUCAUCAACUCCUAAGAGCCCUAAGCAUGCCCGUCCAGUAGAUUUAAAAUUUCCCCCAUUGACACGAGUUCUUACUCCCCCUCAGAAUGUAGACAACCUACCACACCUUCGGAAAUUCUCUCCUAGUCAAUUUCCAAUUCAGACUUCCUCCUCCUUCAAUAUUGGAGGAACAGAAGACAACCAGAAUAGAUCUAGGGGGCAGAAACCUGUUGGACCCAUUCCUAAACCUCUUGCUGUUGAGGACGAUUCCUCUGAAACUGGUUCCAGUGAAGAUCCUCUUCUAAGUCUGGACGCAGAUGGAAACAUUAGACCAGUGGGACCAGUAGGUUUCCCCAAGAAAGAGCCCGGCACAGGCAGCAGCUCUGGUGCUCCUUCUGAAUGCUCGUUUGAGAGCGACUUCCAGCCUUCCCUGAACGGCAAAAGGACUAGUUUAAUAGAAAUCUCUCUGUCAUCUCUGCAAGUCCCUGAUGAAAUGGAUAUAGAAGAAGAAGGCCAGGAGGUCUUCAGUGACUCCAUGAGUGACCAAACGGACUCGGAGCUGAAACCGGGAGUAGGCUUUUUCUUCAAGGAAGAUGCUCUGUCACAGGAUGAGAUGGCCCGGCGUCAGGCAGCUCUUCUGGCAAAGCAGCAGAAGCGGGCAGAAGAGAUGAAGAAGCGCAAGCAAUGGCAGGAGCAGGAGAAGGAGUCAAGACUUCAAGAUGAGGAAACAAAAACCCGGCCUGAGGAGAAAGAAGUAGUGACCCGGAGAGGAGAGUUUACACGGAGAGAACACGAACGCAGACAGCAGCUGAAGAUCAUGGAGGACCUGGAUAAGGUGUUGCGACAGAAACCUCAGACUGUGAGAGCCGUCAAGAAGCAGCGACCCAAAACUGUGUUCCGGGAUGACUCGGUUCUGUCUCGCAGCCCUGUUAAGGGAUUGCUCGGAUCCAAACUAAGCAAGAUAUAUUCUCAGUCUACGCUGUCACUUUCAACCAUGGCUAAUGACACUGGGAGCUUGAAGAAGUCCCCUAGGGCCGACUCUCCCUCUGGCUUAAUGUCACCAAGUCGCCUGCUUUCUAGUCAGAAUGGAGAAAGGGACUGGGAAAAUGGCUCCACAGCAUCAUCUCCUGCCUCAAUCCCAGAGCAUACUGGCCCCAAACUUUACAAGGAGCCAAGCUUGAAGUCCAACAAAUUCAUCAUCCACAAUGCCCUGUCCAGGUGUUGUCUAGCAGGCAAAGUCAACGAGCCGCAGAAAAAUAAAAUUUUAGAGGAAAUGGACAAGAGCAAAGCAAACCACUUCCUGAUCCUGUUCCGGGAUUCCAGCUGCCAAUUUCGUGCGGUGUACACAAUGAACCCUGAGACAAAGGAGAUGAUGCGACUGACAGGGGUUGGUCCGAGGAUCAUAACCGGCGCAAUGGUAGACAGCAUCUACAAAUACAACUCGGACCGCAAGCAGUUCACUACCAUUCCCUCAAAGACCAUGUCAAUGAGCGUGGAUGCAGUCACCAUCCAGAGCCACUUUUGGCAAAGCAAGAGACCCGGUACCCCCAAGAAGCCAGGCACACCAAAGUAAGAAGAAAGGACGGAGACUUGCUUUUGAACUUACUGUGCUGUUCCUGCUGAGGCUGGCCUUUUUACUGAAGAAAAUAAAAAUUGUAACUGGAUCAUGACGGUUCCUGGGGUGGGUGGGGAUGUCAUGGGAAUGCUGUUUUCUUUGUGGCUUCUAAGAAGACCCUGCCAACAACCGGAAACUCUUAACGGGGCUUGCAGCAAUAGCCCCACCUGGUCUGUGGGUCAGCAGCAGAAGUCUCUUCACGUCAAAGUAGAGAAAGCUGGUUUUAGCUCGGGCUCAACGCCGCGUGGCUCGAGGGGAGACGACUUGCGUGCCUCAUCAGCUUUUGCUGUGCGAGGUUCACAUGGAUGCCAUUCGCGUGUGGAGGUCUCUGUAAGGAGAUAGGUGGUCAGAAGUGGCUUCCAGAAGGCAGGAUCGUUUUUGGUUGAUCACUUGCCACAACCCAAAGCAGCAAACUGAACGCAACCAGUUUGGAUGAGGGGGACGAAGGGUGGGUUGGGGUGAGAGAGAAUAAAAGGCAUCAGUGUGCCCUGGAAACCUGGAGAGACCAACCGAGGGCCCACACAGCCCUAAAGUUUUCAGACGCUAAAUAAAUGAAUGAACUGCCCGUUUCAACUUGGUUACAAAAGAAGAGGAGGAACUUCCAUGAAACUAAACAACAAAGCAUGGAUCACACCUGGACAUUCUAUAUAUAUUUCAAUACCUUACACACACACAUAUGCACACACAAGAAUAGUUCUGUGUGUGUGUGUAGGCGUCUGUGUGUAUAGAUACACGAUUACAGCUACCCAGUGGCUGAUCCUUAGCUGAAUGUACUGUACAGAACACGUCUUCUCAUGCCUGCAUUUUGACGCCUUCUCCUUUGGGAUCAGAGGUCACGUGAUUUUGAUAUUCUAGUCCAUGUGGAGAAACGGCUUUUUAAUUUUAAUUUUAGGCUGUUUUUUUUUUUUUUUUUAUAUAAAAUAAACUCAGAGUAUGACGCUCAAGACAUUCAUGUAAUGCCCAAGUGACCGAGGCCAGUUGUCUCUCCUAAUGUUUUAGACCCCUCAGCUCUCCUUUUGUCACGUUCCACUUUCAUAUGUUUAAAAAAAGAAAAGCAGCUUGGGGUAACGCACUUUGAAAAUGUGAUUUUUUGGAAAAGGUUUCCCUUCUUUGUAUUCAUAUUUUUUUUUGUUUUCUUAUUAAUGAGGAUUCGAUAAACAGAAAAAUAUUCAGAAAGCAACAAGAAGCAAAUCUGCUUCUGUGUAUGUAUGUAUAUAUAAAUAUCUAAUAUAUAUAUGUAUAUAUACAUGCAUGUAUUAGAUAUGUGAAUAUGAACAAGAAGCUUAUUAAAUUAUUUCUUCCUAAUUUUACACAUGUACUUUUUGUAUGCAAACAUUGACACGAUUCUGCCAACAGUUGCCAAGUUCAUCCUUUUAUUUUUCCCCCCUGAUUUCUAUGUCAUGUUUGGGUGUUGAGUUGCAUCCCCUCUCUCUGUCCAUGUAGGAUUUAGCAUUUUGAGAAGUUCAUGGACUCUUCUUCGCCAGUGUCAGGGUGUGUCGCUCAUAAAGGCUGCUAAAGGCUCAUGUUUUUAGUUUCUUUCAGUCUGCUGUUUGAAAUGCAGGAUUUUCUGUGGCAAGUCAGACAGAUAAAUGGAGGAAACCCGAGUGCCGACCACAAGUUAGACACCUUAGGUUUUGUUCUGUACCCAUGGGUUCCUAUUUCCAUAAACAUCUACCACGAAUGAUGGCAACCCAGUACUGGCAGAGUUAUCCUGACAUUCUAAACGGUACGUCUUAACCAGUGAUACCCAAAAAAAAACAAAACCAAUGGACAAUCAGAAACUAAUCGAAUAUCCUAGUGGGGUUGGGUUGUGGGAGCGUCGGUCUGUCUGUCUGUCUGUCUCUCUCUUCUGAAGUCCAUGUAAGUGCAAUGCUACUGUAGUGUAAUGGUGAGCCGCAGAGAAUGCUGUCUUAUUUAUUUAAAGGACGAAAGAGCAUCGAAGCAAUACAUGUUAGGGUCACCAUAUUUUUAAAUAAUGGUUGCAAAGUGGAUCGAGAUGGAUUUUAUGUUUAUUCAGUUGUGAUUGUUAUUGCCAUUAUUUAUUUUUUGUUUGGUUCUGUUCAUAAAUGGGGUCACAUUUGAAGUCAGACUGGGGCGUGCUGACCAGUAAAUGAAAGCCGAGAAGUGCAAGUCUUGGCUGUGCUCAUCUGAAAACAAGGAAUAAAACCCUUUUUCAAACUGCCA